AUGGCCAGCAGUAGUGAACGUCCCGUGGCCAGCAUCAAAGAACGCCCCGUGGCCAGCAGUAGUGAGCGUCCCGUGGCCAGCAUCAAAGAACGCCCUGUGGCCAGCAGUAGUGAACGUCCCGUGGCCAGCAUCAAAGAACGCCCCGUGGCCAGCAGUAGUGAGCGUCCCGUGGCCAGCAUCAAAGAACGCCCUGUGGCCAGCAGUAGUGAACGCCCCGUGGCCAGCAGUAGUGAGCGUCCCGUGGCCAGCAUCAAAGAACGCCCUGUGGCCAGCAGUAGUGAACGCCCCGUGGCCAGCACCAGUCAGCGCCCCUUGUAG